CGGUCUGGAAAGAUGGCGCGGUCCAUUUCGCGCUCUCGCUUGCCUCACUGCGCCACUGAGCACUUUUCAUAGAAAUGAAUGGGGACGCCAUCUUGGAAGAAAAAUCUAGUUGUGUCUAUUAAUAUGUAAGUCAAUGUAUAGUUUAUGCUGCAGACCUGGAGCACUGAUAUCAGGAGUUAUUUCACGCUUGUUAAACCCCAUGCCACGCAAUGGCACUGUAACUUAAGCAUCUGGACUAAACAUGGACGGCUCUAGACUAUUCAUAUUCCUCUGGCAGAACUCAUUAGAUGUGAGCCACUCAAGGGGGCAGGGCCAGGGAUGAGUACAGACAGAAGAGGAUGAAAGGGAAGAAGAGGGCAAGAGAGGGCUCCGAGAAUGCCAAGCGCAGGCACGUGAAGACCAGCUGUGUCAGUCUGGGCCGGCCAGGGAGCAGGCAUCUCAAACAUGCAGACAUUGAGGCCGUCACCCUCUUUGAGGUGGUCACCAUGGGCAGGGGCGCCAUGCAGGCAGUUGUUGAUGAUUGGAUCGAGGCUUACUUGACAGACAGAGACUCCGCCCUUCUGGACCUCAUUAGCUUCUUCAUCCAGUGUUCUGGAUGCAAAGGAGUGGUCACAGCUGAGAUGUUCCAUAGUAGACAGGACAGUCAAGUCAUGCAGAAGAUGGUGGAGGAGCUGGAUGAGGGCUCAGGGCUGCAGUAUAAGAAGUUUUUGGCCUUUCCCUGGAUUCUCACUAUUACCUGGCCCAUUGACACGGACAGUGGGGAGUAUCCUCUGACCAUGUCCGGUCCUUAUUGGCGUCGCUUCCGCUCCGAGUUCUCUGAGUUUGUAUCGGUGCUGGUGAGCCAGUGUCAGUACAGUGUCAUCUUCGACAGCUACUUGAUGGACACACUCAUUUCCCUGCUCACCCAGCUUUCUGACUCUUACAUACGGGCCUUUCGACACACCUGCACACUCGCAGCGCUGAAGCUGCUGAGCUCGCUAGUGGACGUGGCUUUGAGCCUGAGUGUGGGUGUGGAGAACAGCCAGAAGCUGUACGAGGUGGAGCAGACCAAGAGCUCAUCACGUCGAGGCUCACCCAGACUAGAGAGGAUACAAAGAAAGAUAACUGAGCUGCAAGACAAGAGGGUGGAGAUAGAGAAUAUGAUGGACAAUAUCUUCAAAGGAGUAUUCCUGAAGCGAUACCGUGAUGUGCUUCCAGAGAUCCGCGCUAUGUGUAUGGAGGAGCUGGGAAUGUGGAUGAGACUCUACAGUAGUGUGUUUUUGACUGACAGCUACCUCAAAUACAUGGGCUGGAUGAUGCAUGACAAGUUUCCUGACGUGCGUCUGAAGUGCGUGCUGGGUCUCCAAGGCCUGUAUGUAGACCCCCUGCUGUUGCCCAGAUUGGACCUGUUCACCAGCCGCUUCAAGGACAGACUCAUUUCCAUGACCCUGGAUAAGGACCAUGAAGUGGCAGUCCAGGCCAUGAAACUCCUUAUACUCAUCUCCGAGUCCUGUGAGGAUGUCCUGAGUCCUGAGGACUACAAACAGUUAUUCCAGCUGGUCUACUCCUCACAGCGCCCCUUAGCAGUCACUGCUGGAGAACUGCUCCACUCACGGCUCCUCAGCAGCAACCCCCUGACCCCUGACCUCCAGGACACAACCAAAGAGAAGGACUCAAACACUCUCCCCGCUGCAAGGCUGAGAGCUCUGCUCAGCUUCUACCGUGAAAGUCAGCUGCAUCAGCAUGUGGUUUACCUGGUGGACAGUCUGUGGGACUGUGCUGGUGCUCUACUGAAGAACUGGGCAUUGUUCACCACUCUACUUCUGCAAGACCCUAUUGCACAGGGGACAAGUCAGGGUGUGUGCGUGUGUGCAAAAUGUUUGUCCCAGGAGGAGCAGUCCGAGGUGGUGGAGGUAAUGGUAGCAUCAAUGCGUCAAGCUGCAGAAGGAGCUGUGCUGCCUGGCAGGAAUUCAGGGAAGAAGGUACUCAGUGCUAAAGAGAAGAGGACUCAGGUGGAUGACUGUUGCAAAUUAACAGAGUUCAUCCUCCCAGUGCUUCCUCAACUGCUCUCCAAAUUCUCUAAGAACCCUCAUACAGUGGCCAGCUUAAUGAAGAUUCCUCAGUACUUCCACCCUGACUCCCCUGGUGCUGAGAACACACAACUGUUGUCUGUGCUGCUGACUGAGAUGCAGGCAGUGGUGGAACUCCACUCUCACCCUGAGUUGCUAGAGGAGGCUGCCCGCUCGUACUUCAUCCUUUGUAGGGCGGAGACGCCCUGGCACCCCAUAGCUGGCCCUGCUAGGGAUGCGCUGGUACAGCGCUGGACCGACAGGCUGGCAGCACUGCUGGGGAAAUCCCUGCAGGAUGAUCUUCCCCAGGUUGAGGAAGAGCAGACAGAAGAGGUCUUGACCACGCUCAAGAAACUCACUGCUUUUCACAAUGGACAAGACCUGUCUGGUUGGGGUCUGUAUGAACUGUUGUCUCCUCUUCUCUCUGUGGACCUCAAACAUGGAAGACUUCCUGACCAGUCUUCCUGUGUUCCUAUUACACUUCAGGUGACAGUGAAGGUGCUUCAGUGUGUAAGCUACUCUGUUCUGUGGAACCUCAACACCAGUGGAGAGACCCUAACCUCCAGGGAGAAGGCAGUAGCCCAAAGGAGACAGUUGAGUGUGUUCUGUGAGAAGUGUCUUGGCUGUCUCUCCCAUGCAGAGCGUAUGGUCAAGGAGCAGGCCUUCCUGUCUCUGUGCGACGUCCUGACAGCUCACAACUACCAGCUACAGAUUUGGGACCCUGCCUCCUUCGGUCCGUUACUCUACACUCCUGACCCAAAAUUGCAGAGGGCGCUGCUUCUCUUCAUCCAGGAGCUGGUCUUCACUGGAGCAGAACAUGACAGCCACAUCAGUGAUGUGGGAAAGCUGGAGGACCUCCACAGACGUAGGAUACUUCUGGCAGCCUUCUGUAAGCUCAUCAUCCACGGGGUGCUGGAGAUGAGCAUGGCAGCAGAAAUCUUCAAGUAUUACAUGAAGUUUUUUAAUGAUUUUGGGGACAUCCUAAAGGAGACUUUGAGCAGGACCCGGCAACAGGAUAAGAUAGAGAGUGCUCGCGUGCUGGUGCUGUGUCUUCAGCAGUUGUUUCUGCGGCUGAAGCAAGAGCAAGACAGUGGGGGGAGCUGCAGUUCAGGAGUCCAGACCUUCAGUAGUAUCAAGGAGCUAGCUAGACGCUUCUCUCUCACCUUUGGCUGGGAGCAGAUCAAGUCGCGCCAGUCCCUUGCCAUGAUCCACAGGGAUGGUAUAGAGUUUGCGUUUCAGGGGUUUGUCCAGAGCCCAGAGAAGCAUACACCUCCGUAUCUCUCAUACCUCACCAUCCUCAGUGAGUUCUCUAGCAAGCUGCUUAAACCUGACAAGAGGACAGUGUACUCCUACCUGCAGAGAUGUGCAGGAGAUCAAGCCAUCAGUACCAGGGACGAGGGCUGGCAGCCACUCAUCUACUACCGAGCCUCCCUAUUGGCCACUGGGGCCGAGGGGGAGGAUGCUUUGUCCUUCGUCAGCUCUGAUACACUGAAACAGACCUCUCUGGCCAAUCACUCACGUUCGCCCUCCGUCAGACAUUCCCCCAUGGCAGAUGCCCCUGCUGCCCCAAGCCCCACUGAGACAAAGGGGAGGAGAGCCCAGAGAGGAAACAGCACUACAUGCCUUGAGGAGAUUAACGUAGAGGUGGCCCAAUCUCUUGUCGUUUGGGACACCCUGUUGACUUCAGAGGGCCCCACCAACCAGGUGGUGGAAGAGGACAUUGUGGACGUUGAUCUGUGAUCUUAAAGCACACAUGGACUUUUGAAGAGUUAGCUGGGCAGCAUACAGAGGCACCACUUUUAUUACAAGUGUGUUUAUAUGAACCAAAUUAGUCAGUCUUUUUUUGACAAGCUGCUAGAACAUUUCAGUUGCACAUGUAAUAUUUUAGUGCUGUCUUGAAAGCAUCAAACAACUGAUAUUGCCUGCUAGUUCUACAGGGUCUGAAGUCACCACAUCUGGUAAUAUCCAUCCCAUCUGGAUUAAUAAUGCAUCAAAUGAAAUAAAGGACCUGUUAAUUGCCGGAUAUGAAAUAAUAUGGAUAUUCUAUAUGUUUGUUGUUUAUUGUGACUGCUAUUGUUCUGGGGUUGUGUGGGGAUGUUAGGGUGGUGCCAUUUCUGUAAAUAAUACCACGCAUUGGAAUCCUAUCUUUGUGCUAGUGGAUUUCUGUUCUGUCAUCUGUUCUGGUUUUGUCAGUUUCAUAUGACCCCCGUUUUUCUAUUAUAGAGUUAAGGUGUUAAGUUUGGCAUGCCCAUGGCACACAGUUAUAUUUCCACUGUUUAUAUCGGUCAUGUCUUUGGUUUUGUUUAUCAAAUCACAUCACAUUGUGCCACUCAAAUGACAGACCCAAGAUGUGUUUUUCGGUGAAUGCAAACCUCACAUCAUGCCAUGUUUCCAUAGUUUCUUUAUAUCUGAGUAUUUGGUGUUGUUUAUGGUGUUUCAGGUGUUAUACUGAUCGAAGAAUAACUCAUCCAUCUGGGUCUUAACUACCCUAUAAAUUAAUAUUGUUGCACUUAAUAGAUGUCCUGUCAGACUCUUUUAAUUAAAUAUUGGCAUGAUAAAAAUGAUUGGGUAAAUGAUUAAGGUUCGUUGGGUUUAGAUCUAAAUUGAAUAAAAAAAUAUAUUGUUCCUUGA